GGGAGCAGCCACUCUUCACAAGUGACUGCUGGAAACCACGGUGUAAAUAAACAAGCAAACAACGGGGAUGUCCUGAGGUGGCAUGAGAUGAGGGAGGAGGCAAAAUAGACUCUGCCUGGGGGCUUAUUCCUGCCCUGUAUUGGCUGCAGUCUCUGAGGGGACAGGUGACUUUUUGUACAUUACCUGUGUAAGAGAUUUUGGAAUUGUUAUCACAAGAAGGCACUUUUCUUAUAGCUUGAGAAGCCUUAUCCUGGCACAUGCAGGGGUGCAGCUGUGUAUACAAUCAGAUCUAGGGGCAAAGGUGAAAAAAACAGCUGCUGUGAUAAGCAGCCAUGGUCCCACCAAGCUCUGCAGGCAGGCAAAGGGACUCCGCACUGCCUUGCCUUGCCUUCGACUUGGUCUCUUUCAUGUUGAUAUGCCAGGGAUAAGCACAACAGGAUUACCCUGACAGCCUCUCAUUGAAAAGCCAAAACAGAGCUAAAGAGAGCACAUUAAGCCACAGUGUUAAGUUCAAAGCUUUCCCACAGAACAAAUGCAGGGAUCGCAAUGGUUUGGAAUGCUGUUUUCCUCUACCUUUUUGACCCCAGCAGCCUGAAUUCCAAGGGACGGUUUCGGUUUAUACACAUUUCAUCAGUUCCUGUUAUGGUGAUUAUGGAGUCUCACACACAUUAUUUUCUGCCCUGACACCCUCUGUUUGUGUCUCUUUAUGUUCCUUUCACUUGUUCAUUGCUUAGUCCGUAUAUAUUGGCCAAAUACUUAAGCUCCAAGUAUAACAGUAUCUCAUAGCUCAUGCUAUAUACCUUUAAAUGCUCAUGGUGGAAAUCUCCUGCCCCGUGCCAACAGAUGCACAGCCCUGCAGCUCAGAGCUUCGUUAGCUCCUUGAGCCGCCGUCAGUCAUCAGUCUGCUGUUACCUAGCUGGCUGUUUAUGAGUCACACAGCAAUUUCAGUUGGCGCAGCUACAACAAUCCAGCUCCGAACUCUUCAGGCCUGCGAGGCAUGUUUCACACGCCUAUCAAACCAUGCGGUGUAAUAAGGGCCCGAUCCCACAAACACAAGCAGAGCUGUGCGCUGCUGCCCAAAUGACUAGUCUGCAGGAGACCUGACCAGGGGAAAAUUAGGGUUUUUUUCAAGAUAAACAUGUAUCUCCAGUAAACAUACGUUACUCCAGUAACAAGCUGAGGGGUGGGAUGCUGGGUGUCCUGUGUGUCUCUCCUUUACCUGCAGGCCUUGCCAAGCACAGGCAGUACUUGUGCCUAAUUGUGCCCGUUUGCUGGCCUCGCUGUUCUCUGAACUCCUGAAUUACCAAGCUGAUUAUAGUGCUUAGCUAUACGUUAAAUAAAUAUACGUUAAACAAAUCUGUGCACAAGGCGUAGGGCAAACUGACUCUUGUAAAGUGACGAAUGAAGCCCCAGGAGGAUGGGGAACAAAGAACGGAUGGGGAAAAGAACGCCAUUAUCUAAAUUGUGCAGAAGGAAGUCUCCAAGUGAGGAAGCUCUGGCUGCAAGAGAUGAGCUGGCAAAAUGCUGCAACUUGCAGAGAAUUCGUUGAAAGAAGGACAAAGCUUUCUGCUUUCCUGAAUCCAGUGGAGGACCAGAGCCAGCAAGGAGAGAGGGGUUGGAAGAGAGCACUUGAAGAGGACUGCACAUUUGCGCUGGUGCUGUGAGCUGCUUUGGUGGUGAAAGGAACUCACUGAGCCAGAAAGAUGCGUGAGUAUACCGAAAAGAAGGAAACAUGUGGGACCAUCUGUCUCAAGUACCUGCUCUUCAUCUUCAACUUCUUUUUCUGGCUGGCUGGCGGGGCCGUGAUGGCGGUGGGCACCUGGACCCUAGCUGAGAAGAGUGACUACAUCAGCCUGCUCUCCUCCAGCACGUAUUCGGCAACUGCUUAUAUUCUGGUGGUGGCUGGGGUGGUCGUCAUGGUUACUGGCAUCCUUGGUUGCUGUGCCACUUUCAAAGAGCGUCGGAAUUUGCUAAGAGUGUACUUCAUAUUGUUGCUGUGCAUCUUUCUCCUGGAGAUCAUUGCUGGAAUCCUGGCCUAUAUCUACUACCAGCAGCUGAGCAUGGAGCUGAAGCAAAAUUUGAAGAACACCAUGACCCAGAAGUACCGUAAGGAGGGAGAAGAGAGUGUUACCAGUGCAGUGGACAAAUUGCAGCAGGAGUUCAAGUGCUGCGGCAGCAACAACUACACAGACUGGGCUGACUGCGGGUGGAUCAAGUCCCCGGAGGCCAAUGGACGGAAGGUCCCAGACAGCUGCUGUAAGACGAUAACCGACCUGUGUGGCCGAAGGGACCAUCCUUCCAACAUCUACAAGGAGAGUGGUUGCAUUACCAAGCUGGAAAACUUCAUUCAAGAGCAUUUGAAAAUCAUCGGGGCAGUGGGGAUCAGCAUUGCUUGUGUGCAGAUCUUUGGGAUGAUUUUCACCUGCUGCUUGUAUAAGAGUUUAAAACCAGAACCCUAUUAAUAGCUGUGGGAACUCUCGUCGCUCCCCCUCUGCCACCUCCCGUAGCGCCUGCCACCCUGACCGCUCUCCACCACCACCACAGAAGUGUCUGUAACCUGAGGACUUGGCUCUGUAAUUAAAUGCCUCUCGAACCACGCGCGCCUUACCUGCCUCCCCUGCGGGGGAAAGUCACCCUCCUUGUUGUGUGCAAGGCAGCCAGGAGUUCAGCGGGGUCCUCGUCAUUGUCAAGAAACCAAAGAGCUGUGGAUCUUCUGCCAGAAGCUUUAGCGAAACAGUCCCUUGAUACAACUCCGAAGCAAGAUUUAUCCAGGGCCAUUUCUCUUGAGGCAUUUCCUGAGCUAACAGGAAGGUUUCAGGAUGCUAUACAAGAGCAUGGCUCGCUCCCUGAGAAGUGGCUUAGCAGCACCAGGCACUGACUGUGAGGAGGGGUGAUGCUCCUGUGCUGAGCUGGAGCCAGAUCCGAGUCUCCCGUACCUUGAAGAUUUAUCUCCCUCCUCCCAAGUGCGUGCCAGUGUCCUAACACAGCUGUUCUCUGCCCGAGGGGUGCCUGCCCGGUGACUCGGGGCAGGAGCUACUCUCCCUGCUGAUCAGGAGCACAACUCGGUGCAGUUGAAAUCUUGCCAUGACUCUGACGUUGCCAUGAUGUGGGUGCCUUAGGAUUUCUCGGCAAUCCUUCCUCCUCUUCCUCGAAGCUUCCCCCAGCACAGUGCCAUUAGUGCCACGAGAGGCCUUUUAUCUCCUAGCGAUUCUGGAGCAGCGAUGACGGACCGCUUUCCAGUUCUUUGGGGUCCAGUCCGUAUUUAUCGAGAGGCUUCCAGCGUGGGUGAGAGAACUUUGUUUCCUCCUACCUAUCCCCUGCUUGAGGUUUCGUGAAGAGCUGGUCUGUUUGUGGAGCUGGCACAUCUUGCUACCCUUUGGCCUGUUCGGUUUGUGGAAAUGCCUUCCCCCAUCUCUUACCUGCUGAAAGGUGCCCUUGGCUUGAUUUUUCUAAUUAAAAUCUCCAGGCUUGUCUCUCUUGGGCAGGAAAUUAAUACAUACAAAUGUCUUAUCAGCCUCCAAAGAGCUCAUUAAGCAGCUGAGGGUUUUCUGGCUUUAAUGAGAUCUAGAAGGCCACUUUACUGGUUACUGCUGAGAAGGUCCCCCAGUGUACUUGGUAACUUGGUACUGCUGGGUUAGCCGUCUGUUUGCUGCAGAGGAGCAAGUUUUAAUUAAAUACUCUCUCUGCAUUGGGAUCCUGGGUACAUACAGGAUGUAGACGUCGCCACUGCCAUGGCCUUAGUGCCACCAUGAUGCUAACAGGGUCUUAGCCUGAACCGAUAGGAUCUUGUGUGCCUCUUGGCUUGUUCCCACCUUCCUGGUAGGCCUGUUCCACCCACGAGAGGAAGGGCUGUGGGGUUUUGGCAUUUCAAAGCAGUGGAGACAAGCCCGUCUAUAAACACACACACCUCUUCCCUCUCCUGGCCUUUUAGUGGUGCCAGCUGAGCCCUGUCCCCUCGGCAGCAGAAAGUUAACAGGAGCAAAAUCAUCCAGGCCCCUAAAGGGUCUUGGCAGCAUCGUGGAGUUUUUAGUUCACAGAGCAGAAAUCUUGGACUGGUGCUAAAGGGUGACAAGUUAAAAUUCAGAGCAGGUCAAUCUGAAACUCCCCCAUCAACGUCAGCCCCGUGAAAUAAUCCUUAACUAAUGCAGAAAGAGAGGUGGGGAAACUGAGGUGUAUCCUUGGUUCCACAGCAGUAGGAGAGAGGGGAAAGAAAUCUAAAUUAUUGUGUAAUGAUCUAAAGGAGAAACCUCUAAAUUACUUCUUGUUUUAUAAUCAAGUUCCUGACAAGUAUUGACUACUAACUAAGAGGAAAAUAUUGAGCAUGUUGCUUGAAGCAAUAUUUCUAGUUUCUUAAGCAUAUCUUCAUAGCUGCCCUCACCCAUUCCCUUCAAGUGUGUUGUACGGGGUUGGGAGGGGCCAGGAGGAGUGAGAUAUGAACACUGAGUUGGCUUGUGUCCAUUGAGUUGUUUUAUACUUUUUCUCUGUGUAAUAAUAUUUGUUGCUUUUUUUUUUUUUUUUUUUUUUAACCCAGUUUUAAGUUGCUGGCCAAUAGAAAAAAUAAAGCUUAAGAUUCUGUA